CAAAUCUUCGGUGUCACAUCGAUCGCAUUUUUUAAUUAAAAUUCGAGGGGAAAGACGAAGAUGCGAUGUUAAUAUCCCUGAGUCAACUUCGAUUGUUGAUGCAAACUUCGACAACAUCGAUGACUUCCGUACCGAAACCUCUCAAGUAUUUGAAGAACUCGUACAACGAUAUGAAGAACGCGCAUAAAAGGAUUCGAAGGAGGGAUGUGAAACGGCAAUUCGCGGAAGUAUUGAGCGUAUUAUCGAUGGCUGGAGCCACGCCUGGUUCCAAAGAAUGUUUGCGAUAUUGCACCGACGGUGAAGUGACGAAUCCUGGUGAGUGGGGUCACGAGUACGUCAGACAGCUCGAAGCUGAAAUUGUAGACGAGUGGACGAACGCUCCUGUAAAGGACGAGGACCGUAUCAGAACGCAGCUUACUCCUUUGGUAAACGGUAUCAUAAAAUUCGACAUGAAGCACAACGCCGAAAUACCUGGAUGCGAUCUAUGUUUGGAGAUCGAUCAAUUGAACUUUUUAAACGAGAGUUUGGAUAAUACGAAUUUUGAGAGGGUUUGUCGGUAUCUGGAGAGUUGCGCGGCCUACAGCGAGGAUAUCGAAAGAAGACAAAUAUUGCAAACCGUGGUCGACCAUUAUCUACGAUUUCAAGAAUAUUGCAAAGCAAUGUUAGUGGCCCUUCAAUUGGGAGACUCGGAUCUCGUGCACAAAUGUCUCACCACCUGCCCUGACGACUUAAUGCGAAAACAAUUGUCAUUUAUACUCGUAAGACAAAGGGAGAAUCCAUUAAAGAAGGAUUACGAAGGAGGCGAUGCCAAGGAUAUCGAAGCUAUCUUAAGCAACAGUCACGUCAAUAAUCAUUAUCAUUUGCUGGCGAGGGAACUCGACAUUCUGGAACCCAAACACCCGGAUGACAUUUACAAAACCUGGCUAGAAACUAAUACCCUGAGACGAGCGGAAUACGACUCAGCCAGGGCCAAUCUAGCAGCUACGUUCGUUUCCGGUUUCGUUCACGCUGGCUUCGGUCAGGACAAACUGAUGGCGAACACCGCCGAUUGCUGGGUUUAUAAAAAUAAGGAGCACGGAAUGCUCUCGGCAACCGCUUCUUUGGGACUGAUACACAUGUGGGACGUGGACGGUGGUCUGGUACCGAUCGACAAGUAUCUCUACACCAACGAUCACAACAUCAAAGCAGGCGCUUUGCUCGCGAUAGGUUUGGUUAACUGUGGUGUUCGCAACGAAUGCGAUCCAGCGUUGGCGCUCCUCAGCGACUACGUGUAUUCCGAAAACAUUACACUGAGAAUCGGCGCAGUUUUAGGACUGGGUUUGGCCUACGCUGGCUCGCAGAGGUCUGAUGUUACGGAACUUUUAACCGGAGUAUUGGUAGACGAAGCAAGUACCAUGGAAAUCGUGUCUCUCGGAGCGAUCGCGAUAGGUUUGAUAAACGUUGGCUCUGCCGACGCUGAAGCCUCGUCGACGCUUCUGCAGAGAUUGAUAGAGCUUACACCUCAAAAGCUGUCUAGUACCUACUCCAGAUUUCUACCGCUGGCGCUGGGUAUGAUCUACAUGGGUUGUCGCGACAUCAUAGACGCACCUUCAGCUGCGCUCGAAGUCUUACCUGACCCCUACAAGCUUGCUGCGCAGACUAUGCUGGAGGCAAUGCUUUCUUCUUUGUUAAAAUGUUCUAUGAUCUAUCAUAAUCUUCAGGAUUCGAAAAUAUUUCAUUGGUCUCAGGUGUGUGCAUAUGCCGGUACAGGAGAUGUAUUGAUCGUUCAAGGACUAUUACGAAUUUGUUCGGAACCGGCGAACGGCGAAGGCGUUCCCGUCACCCCGGUUAACAGUCCUACGAGCUGCUGCUGCGAUCAGCGGUCUCGAAUCGUCGAAUUUUCUGAGAAGAGAACGAAAGAGAAAUUAGAAGAGAAGCAUGCAGGAUCAAAGGAUAUUGGAUCGACGCAGGCCAUAGCUACCUUGGGUGUCGCUGCCGUUGGGUUAGGAGAGGGAAAAGAGGACUCGAGGAUCUUCGGACAGAUAGGAAGAUACGGUCCCACGGCUGCGAGACGCGCGAUGCCACUCGCUCUAGGUCUAUCCUUUUUGUCAAAUCCAGACUUGUCAGUCUUGGAUGUGCUGAACAAAUACAGCCACGACAACGAUUCUGACGUAGCUAACAAUGCGAUCUUUGCUCUCGGUCUUGUCGGUGCUGGGACGAAUAAUGCGCGUCUCGCCACUAUGCUGAGGCAACUGGCCUGUUACCACGCGAAGAACCCCACGCACCUAUUCCUCGUUCGAAUUUCCCAAGGCUUGGUCCAUCUUGGCAAAGGUACGUUGUCGAUAUCUCCUUUGCGAUACGCUUCCAAGGUGUUGGACAAGGUCGCCUUAGCUGGAUUACUGGUAGUCCUGGUGGCGUUUCUUGAUUGUCAAAAUCUGAUCCUGUCGAAAUCACAUUAUUUGAUGUAUUGUCUGGCGCUUGCGAUGGAACCUAGAUGGUUGGUCACCUUGGAUGAAAAUUUGCAGAGUCUACCGGUGUCUGUGAGGGUUGGAAAGGCUGUAGACAUCGUGGGCAAAGCUGGCAAUCCUAAAUCCAUCUCUGGUGGAUACGUUCACACGACACCAACGUUGCUUUCCUCCGGAGAAAGAGCAGAACUUGCUCUAGACGAGUACGAGGCGUUGUCCAGCGUUUUGGAGGGCUUCGUUAUUCUUCGAGAGAAAUCGAACGUUUCUUAGAUUUUCCGCUGGAAUAAUAGAAGAUAGUGGAUAAUAAAAGAACACGGCAGAUUGCGAAAGGCAACGCUGGGACAAGUGAUUUAUUUAUUUCAUGAGAUAGUAAUAAGAAAUACGAUCGACAGAAGUGUAUUAUGUAAGGCGAAGAAAUUACUAGGAACCAAAGUGCGAACGACGAAUCGUUUAUACGAUAUAUCGUAAUGUAUAAUUUUCCAUGCUGUUUUUAAUAAAAAGUAGGAGUAAAAUUUUCGAGAAAAAAGAGUCGUUUGAAGAGAAUCUUGUACAAUAACGGAUCGAUACCACACAUGUUUGUAACGCAUCACUUUGACAACGACGAGACGUGGAAAGUACGCAAGUGAUACGAGCAAAGGUUCGAUCGCGUCGUUGAAUGCAUCGAUAAGAAUGCGAAGAGACGCGUGAAUACUAGGCGUAGGUUUGCGUUCAUUUAAUUCGAGGGACUAGCGGAAGCAAUGUGCUCUAUACAACAGAAAUAUACAUUGGUUCGCAUUGCACGGUAAUAUAUGACACGGUGCACCAUGAUCUGACAGCGGUCACUAAAUUAAAAUACAUCGUUAACGCGUGACUCUUGUUCGAUUAAAAACGAGCCGGUAAAACG